UUCCUAUAUCUGACUUAAUGAAGAAUGAAUUUAAAAGGGUUAACAUCACAUUCAAAGAUACAGAUACCUUCUCCGUAUAUUAUAAUUACUAUAAGCUUUUAAAUAGGUUUUUAGCCACUGCCAACCCAAACACUCUUUAUAACUACGCCGGAUUCCUCAAAAUAUUUCCUUACGUUCAGUAUAUAAACAUGAGCACUGCAGAGGCUAUUACGAAGGCCCGUAACUGGACUGAUUGCAUAGCUUUGUUGAACGAAACUACGCCUGACAUUCUUGACUAUUUCUUUGUUACCUACCACACCAACCCCGCGGUUAAGAAUGAGGUGGAAACCAUUGCCCGGAGAUUGAAACAGGCAUUCAAUAAAACGCUUCAAAACAACAGCUGGAUUGAGAAUAAGAUACUACAUCCCUUACAGAAACAGUUGGAAAAAGUGGAGUUGAAAAUAGGAUACCCGGACACACUAUUGAACAUUUCAGUACUUGAAACUCGCUACAAAUACGUACCAUUCUUUCCUCUGAAUAUUUCAUUAACGGAAGCCUUGUACUACAUUCAAGAAAACUUAUACAAAAUGCGAUUGCGUAAGUUUCGGUAUCCAAGAGAGGGCGAUCUAGGAUGGGACCACAGUCCAAGAGAACGUCGCACGUUUCAGAACUUCUAUUGGACGAAAAUUGAAAUUCCCUACGCACUCUUCGAAUCUCCAUUUUAUCAGCAAGGACUUCCCCGCUCAUUCAACUAUGGUGGCAUCGGCAGUAUAAUUGCUCGAGAGCUGGCGCGUGGCUUCAGCUUAAAAGGUAUCCACAGAUGCACAUAUGGACGUUGUGACGGACCUACUACUAAGGAAACACUUACAUUGUUGAUGGAAAAGACUGACUGUUUCAUGACACAAUACAGAGAGGUCGACAAAGAACUGCUCCUGAAUGUACCUGAGUCUUGGUAUUCAGAGACGUUAAGCGAAGAUCUUGCUGACAACACUGGCCUUCAGAGGGCCUUGAACGCAUAUAACAAUGUACUUGACGAAGAAUGUGAAGGGCUAGACACUCGUAUAAAAGGUCUGCAGAGAUUCAGCGGAAUGCAGUUGUUCUUCAUUUCAAGUGCUAGGACUAUGUGCAGAAUAGCAGACAAGGAUACGCUAUUUCAAGUGACAGGCAACCCAGUAUUCAGCACUGCGCGAAACAGCGAAGCUGUUAAAGUCAGCCGUCAUUUGUGGUGCGUAUCAAGAAACUACCAAGAAAGAAAUAAAAAUAAAGUUUCUUGCCGAAGCUAGAUUUGAACCCGCGUACCCCCGUUCCCACAGCGAGCGUCGUAACCACAGCACGAUACAGCCUUUUUUUUUCUUUAUUGCCGAUUGUGACAUGCAAAACAAGAAAAAUAAAAAUGAUAAAAAACAUCAA